AUGGGUAUGGGUUUGGCUCUGGGCCUGCUGCAGCAGAACGGAACCUGUGUCCCUCCAGAAGAAUGUGGCUGCGUCCAUCUGCAGCACCGAGCUUCAGGACAGCCACCCACACCUGUUACUGUCCCCGAGGGCGCCACUGUCACCAUCGGCUGCAGUACCUGCCUUUGCCACGAUGGGACUUUGCAGUGUGACAUGAGGGAGUGUGAAGUCAUCAUCAGCGAGUGGUCAGAGUGGACUCCCUGUUCUCCCUGUCUGCCCUCACCCUCCCUGCAGAACAGCUCUUUCCAGGCUGGGGUUACCAGUGGCAAUAGAAUUGUUUCCAUCCAGAGGCGUUUCCGGGCGUGUUUGGACCUCGAUUCUGGUCUCCCAGUCUCCAAAGAGGAGGAGGAGGAGAGCCAGUGUUCAGGACCGCUUGUCGAGGAGAGGCUUUGUCCAGAUGUUGACAUCUGCAGAGAUCUGUGUCAGUGGAGUGCGUGGAGCUCCUGGACGGCCUGUGCAGACCCGUGCAGUGGUGGAGUCAGACAGCGCUACAGGCGGCCCCUGGCCUCUCCUCUGGGGCCCCGCUGCAGGAGCCAACAGACCCAAAGCCAGAGCUGCAACACAGGACUCUGCCUGGGGGAGCGUUGUGAGGACAGGGGACGGACCUACCAAGAAAACUGUGCCAAUCAGUGCCCUCGCAGUUGCACUGACUUAUGGGAGCAUGUCCAGUGUCUCCAAGGAGCCUGUCAUGCAGGUUGUCGGUGUCCGAAGGGACAACUGCUGCAGGACGGUCGCUGUGUGCCAAUCACACAGUGUCGCUGUGGUAUCCCAUCAGGCAACGGGACACUGGAGUACUUCCCCAAAGACGAAGUUGCCAUGGAUUGUAACACCUGUGUGUGUGAGAAUGGCACUCUGGUGUGCACUAAGCUUCCCUGCCCGGUUUAUGAGCCGUGGAGCACAUGGAGCUCCUGCUCAGCUUCCUGUGAACGUGGCCAGAGGACAAGAACCCGUCUCUGCCACGACACAGAAGGUGGUCCCUCCUGUGGUGCCACGAAUCAGACAGAGAGCUGUGACCUGCCGUCAUGUCCAGUCGGUUGUUUGUUGAGCGAGUGGUCACCCUGGAGUGAGUGCAGCGCUACGUGUGGUGGUGGGUCGUCGGUGCGGAACAAGACGGUGCUCAGAGAGCCAGAGCCGGGUGGGGCGGGCUGUGUUGGACCCCUCGAGCAGCACACUGUCUGUAACACCAACCGCUGCCUGCCUGAGUGUCCCAGUGGACAGGUGUUCAGUGACUGUUCAGGUCAAUGUCCAUAUACCUGUGAGGACCUGUGGCCACACACUCAGUGUUUACCUGGGCCCUGUACCCCUGGGUGUACCUGCCCUCCUGGACAGGUGUUGCUCGGUGGCUCAUGUGUGUCCCACGCUGACUGUCCCUGUUCAGCGCUCUCCCUGCCAACUGGUUACCAAAGCUUGAAUGUCAGCACCGCGGAGAUCUCGGACGCUCUGCUGCCACCUGGAACAGCCAUUCAGCACCUCUGCAAUACAUGCGUGUGCCAAGGAGGAGCGUUCAACUGCACCUCAGAGAGCUGUGAUGUGGACUGUGUGUGGUCCAGCUGGUCCCAGUGGAGUCUGUGCUCAGCCAGCUGUGGUUCAGGCCAGCAGAGCUCCAAUAGAACCGUCCUGCAGCCCAGUCAAUAUGGAGGGGCCCCGUGUGAGGGCCCUGACCAUCGCACCAGGAGCUGCAUGGCCCCUGACUGUGCUUGUCCUGACGGGGAGCAGUGGAGAAGGAGGAGCGUGUCAGAGGAGGUCCUGCUCUGCGAGAGGAGCUGCCAGGACAUUUACUCCUCCUCUCCUGUCAACUGCAGUCACUCCGCUGAGGGCUGCGUGUGUCAGGAGGGACUUUACCGGAACACGGAGGGUGUGUGUGUCAUCCCGGCCCUCUGCCCCUGCCAUGACCAGGGCAUCCUGCGAGAGGCAGGAUCAGAGUGGGAGGAGGGCUGCACGUCCUGUCGAUGUGUGAAUGGGAAGAAGCAGUGCCAGCUGAGGUGUCCUCCACUCCACUGUGAUGAGGGGGAGGUCAAGGUGGAGGAACCAGGCAGCUGCUGUCCGGUCUGUAGAAAACAGUUUCCAGGCGAGCCCCUGCCAGAGUGUCGCCGCUACAUGCAGGUCAGGAACAUCACCAAGGGGGGCUGUCGGCUUGACAACGUGGAGGUCAGCUUCUGCAGGGGACGCUGUCUGUCCAGGACUGACGUAAUCCUGGAGGAGCCGUACCUCCAGUCGGUGUGUGAGUGCUGCAGCUACCGCCUGGAUCCAGACAACCCGGUCCGUUUCCUCAGCCUGCAGUGUGAGAACGGCGAGAGCGAGCCGGUCGUCCUGCCUGUCAUACACAGCUGCGAGUGCACCAGCUGUCAAGGAGGCGACCUGUCCAGACGCUGAGGGAGUGUGUGUUUGUGUCUGUGUGUGUGUGAAUGUGUGUGUAUGCACGUAUGAACUCCAAGCCAAGUGAGAGCACCACCCUGAAUACAUGGAGGACUCUGUGGUGGAUAUAUAUGGAUGGAUGUCUUGAACAAGUACCUGUUGAUGCACACAUUAUUCUGUAGUCCUUAGUCAUCAUAUGACUGGAUACUAUUUCUAGACUUCUCUCAAACUGUUUAUUCUUCAGCCUGUACAGCCGUUUUCUACCGUGUAUUUAUAGAUUAAAAGACCUAUGACACAAUCCAAGUAACACCUAUUAUGCAUUUAUCUAUGUUUGAUGUGUGUGUUUGAAGAAAAUGUAUAUGCCCCUGCAGUCUGCUUUAUGUUUGAGUUUACAGAAAUAAGAUGUUUUAUAUUUUACAGUUUGUAGUACAUUUCCUAUGGAGUAGUCAGUAAACAUUUUCUACACAUGGAGAAUAAGUCUCGCUCUCUUUCUCUAAAUAUCUUUUAUUAAACAGUAUGUCACUGCAUUUUAUCAUAGUAUCACCAGCACAAUGUUCCUUCACCUGUAACACACAACUUCAAUUAAAAUAGACAAAACAAGGUCCCAUAUGUUUAACCCAGUCAUGAGACCCCCAACACAACUGUAUUGUCAUCAGAAAAUUGUGACUCUUGUGUUUUAUUCCUAAAAGAUCAACUUCUCAAACUGUCUUUUGUUUUUCUGAUACAAUGGCAGGUGAGACACAUUUGGGGAAUAUGUACUUUUGAAGACAUAACUUAUGUCCUUACACAAGAGUCGGUUCUUUAUUUCCAUUC